UAGCGUAGCUUCUUCGCGGAAGAUAAACUAGGGUUUCGAUUUCGACGCAGAGUUCUCGUCGCGAUCGCCUCUCCAAAACGAUUUUCUGUGGCGUAGGAGGAAGUAAAGCAGUUGAUGGUGAGGAGGGAGAUGGAGGUUUUCACCGUCGAUUCGUUGCCUCUGGGAUUCCGAUUCCGUCCGACAGACGUGGAGCUGGUGAAUCACUACCUCAAGGGGAAGAUCAGUGGGCGGAUCAAGUCCGAGGUGGAGGUCAUCCCUGAGAUAGAUGUCUGCAAGUGCGAGCCGUGGGACCUUCCCGCUAAAGCGUUGGUCAAAUCAAGCGACGAGUGGUUCUUCUUCUCGCCCAAGGACCGUAAGUAUCCCAACAGCAGCCGUUCUAACCGAGCUACACAGGCUGGAUACUGGAAAGCUACCGGUAAGGAUCGGAUGAUCAGGACUAAGGCGCGGGAGACUGCGAUUAUAGGCACAAAGAAAACACUUGUCUUCUACCAAGGCCGUGCUCCCAAAGGCGUCCGAACUCUUUGGAUUAUGCAUGAGUAUCGAACCACUGAACCCCAGUUUGAUUCAGGAGGGCAGGGUGGUUUUGUUCUGUAUCGGUUGUUCAAGAAGGAUGGAGAGCGGAACCCUGUUUCUGAUGCUGAUGAUUGUAUGGAGAGAAAUGUUGAUGAUACACAGAGUAGUGCUUUGUCUUCUGCUUCAACUAUGCAUUCACUAGGUGGGAUGCAUAAUAUAGAAGAUGCUGCCAUGGAACCUGUGACACCAUUGGAUCAGAAGCCUCCAUUGUGUGAUUCUCAGGAGAACAUACAGCUUUUACCUCUAUGUUCAGAUGAGCAAUUAUCAGGUGCCAGUGAACUGUUUCCCGAUAAAAAUAAUUUCAUAAGAAACAAUCUUCAAAUUCAAGAGGAGAGCCAUUUUACUGGCACUGUGGAAUCACCAUCAGAUGGGGUUGAUUUUUCAUUGGAAGAUUUUACACGUUUUGUUGUCCCAGAGUUGGAAGAAUUUGCUUCAGAUGGUUUUCAUAUCAAUUCCUUAAUGCUACCGCAAAUGGGGCAUGAGCUUUAUGAUGGUGUUGAGAAGCAAAAUCUUGAAGAUGAUUCCAUCACUGAAUUCUUGGAUGGAAUUCUCUGUGAUCCUGAGGAAUGCUCCCCUGAUGUAUCAAAUGCCUGUAGCAGUCUAGCGCCAUAUUAUUCUUAUAGCCCCGCAGAAACAUUUACAAUCUGGGACAGCACAACAUGCAUUAGUGGGGAUAAUAAAGAUAUGACUGCAGAUCAGGUAAUAGAAGUGCUUGGUGAACAGUCCAAACCGCCUGUUUGUUCAAGAAGCGUUCUGCAGAAGAGUAAUGCUGCUCCAGUGAGACAACACACGAGUCAGUUUUCUUUGCUUCAAAAUCAGAAUUUGGGCCAUAACGUUUCCUCCGUGGAGACUACUAAAAGUACGCAUCAAGAAUCAGUUAAUAUUGAAAACAUAGAUAAUGCCAGAAUCCAUAUUAUACCACGAAGGAAUUUGUUGGCAUCUAAUUACCCAAGUGAAGAAAAAGGCUCGUCAACAAACCGGAUACGCUUGCAAAAGUCCAUUCACAAUGUGUCUGCCUCCAAAACUGAUCAUAUAAGCACUAUAAAUGAUGAUAUAGUCCGCUCAGUUAUCCGUGAGGUUCCAGAAAUUGUGGAGCAUCUUGAAGAAAACACAGAGUUUGAUCUUGACAGCAAUAUCAAUGCUAAGGACCCUCCUCGUGGUAAUGCAAUUUUUACAGUGAAAGCAUCCUCUACUGAGUUUGGUGAUGAUCCCAAAUCCACCGGAUUGAGAUCCAGAUGGGCACAUAAGGAUGAAAUCUCAAAGAAGACUAGUGAUCGGUCUUUUAAGGCUUUGGCAAUUACAUCUGGUUCAUACUCUACUAUCAGAAUCAUUUUGAUUCUUUCAGCCCUCCUCUUGUUCCUUUGUCUUGGAUUAAGUUGGUGCCUUAGUUCCUGAUGUAAAAUUUGUGCCUGUAGAAUUUGACAAAAUCUGUUGGGCCUUGUAAAUUUUGUAGCUUUAUAACAUUUAGUUUUCCACUGUUUGCUUUUUACAUGUAUAGUCUACUGAUGUCAGCUCGCUAACUCAUGAGACAAGGUGUUCUGAAUAAUACAUUAGCAAUUCUGCGGAUUUA